GUUUGUGUUUUUCAGUUGGUGGAUAUACCAACAAUAUUGGAAUCCUAUAAAACAACAGUUGAUAAGAAAACAUUCUUCAAAACUGCAGAUAUAAUGUGACAUGCCUUAAUAUGGUCAUGAUACAUUACAUCACGACCAUAUAUAGGCACAUCAUGGCUAUGGGCAUACAACAUCUUCACACGUCUUUGAAUUGUAGAUGUUUGGUUGUUCAAAUGAAGGGGAAGACAGUGGAAGUGGUCGAGAGGAAAAACGUUCUCCACACAAGAACACCGACAAAGUCAACAAGAAGUUUCUAUGGAACCAUGGAUUACAUAGAAUCACCAGAUAUUGAGAAAGAAGUGAAAAGACUACUAAGAAUGGACAGCACAGUUAUGAGAGUCCGAUGGGAAGUGUUGCCUGAUAAAGAUGGACACAAAAAUGAAUUACAAAUAGAUAACGACGACUGGAAACAGAUCUUUGAAGAGGUUAGUAGCUCAGAGAAUGAGGAAGGGGAAGAAGACGUCAACAUCAUGGAGGUUGGGGAUUCCCAGCAAGGCCUGGAGGAGUUCAAAGUACAAAAUGUCACUGAUGCUCUCAAAGGAUUAGAAGCGGCUGUAGAUCAAGAUAACACAAUCACAGAAUACAGCAUGCUGCAAGAGAGUAAGUUCUCCCCCGCCCCCUUCCAUCAGCCCCCACUCCAUUUCUAUACCCCUAGAUACACCACUGGUGACAUCACAACACGUGACACACCUUUGUUACUGAGAAUAUAAAUAUGUUAUAUGUCAAUUUCUUGUUUUAGUCAUUUUUAGUCCUUGGGCAGAUUGCUUAUAACACGGUCUUAACUGGUAGUCUUAACUCCUCGAAUAAAGCCGGCUUUAUCACGGUUAGACUGCUUUGAGUAUAGAAAUUCAAACAAGCACUCACUGGAAAAGUAAAAUUGAGGGCGCAGUUACACAUACGUCAUGCUUGUCUAAUCCAAUGACGUGGGGUAGUAGUGUGAAGCGCUUAGAGGCCUUGUUGCCAUUAAGCGCUAUAUAAAUCUAACAUAUUAUUGUUAUAACAAAAUGAACGUAAAUAAACGUAGAUUGGUUUGUACAGACGCUGAGAAACCACACAGAUAGCAAAUUUUUAGUUUUAUGUGCUCAAUCAAAUCAAGCUUUUCGUCUAGGCCUAUCUAUCUAGAUUCUAGUCUAUUGAACUGGAGACCUGUCUGCCAUACUGUAGAGUGAGUUUUUUUAAUUUAGCGGAUGAUACCUCAUAAUCCAGCUCAAAUUUACGUAGAAAAUUGCUAGGAAAAUAGGAACGCAGAAAGUAAAUAUAUUUUUUAUAUAUUAAGAUUAGGUUAAAGCCUAAUUUUUGGCAAAAUAUGCACGGAAAUUGUCCCUUAUUUUCCAAAAUGCACAGACGGAUUUCUAGGCUAGAUUUUGCGCGGAUUAUAUAUUCCCCACGCAGGCCUUACUAUACAGUCUGGCCUGUCUGUAGGCUUAGGACUUCACUUCUUGAAUUGAAAAAAAAAAAAACCACAUUGAAUUACCGUAAUUAUCACCAAAAUUAUCUAACUAAAAUCUGUGUUUUACAGCAUGCAGCGGAUAAACUUAAGCCUGGUUCUCACGAGAGCCCUAGUAUCCAGAUCGGGAGCUAACCGUUAGCGCUAACCCUUAGCACCUGCAUGAGAACGCCCGAUCGGUUAGCAGUAUCUGGAUA